AUGCCGCCGAGGAUCCAUCUAGUCCGACAUGCAGAGGGGCUUCACAACGUCGGUCGAGAGUAUUGGGAUCUGACAGACCCUCCUCUGACUGAUAAAGGCAGAGAGCAAUGUCGACAGCUCCGAGAUAAGUUUGCCUUUCACUCAGAAGUCGAGCUUAUAGUCUCGUCUCCGUUAUGUCGCGCCAUCUCGUCAGCGGCCAUUAGCUUUGGGCCGGUUUUUGAAAACCAACCCAGCCAAAACUUAAUUCUCCUACCUGACCUUCAGGAGAUCAGCGAUUAUCCUUGUGAUAUCGGAAGCGAACCGGAAGAGUUGAUGCGAAAAACCGCAAAUCUCAAUAUUCCGAUCGACUACAGCUUCGUUGAAAGCUCAUGGAACAGCAAGAAUGGCCGGUAUGGGCCCUUGAUUCCAGCAAUUCAAGAUCGGGCGCAGGCCGUUCGACGAUGGCUAGAAAGCAGGCCCGAGAGGGAAAUUGUUGUUGUCAGCCAUGGUGCCUUCUUGCAUUUCUUGACGGAAGACUGGGAAGAUAGCUUUGUGGAAGAAGCAACCGGAUGGGCUAAUGCAGAGUAUCGGACGUAUGACCUUCACAGGCAGCCGAAAUGCCACCUCGACACGGUAUGUCACUUUAAUGAAAUUGCAUUGGUUGAAACAAAGGAAUCUCGUUCUGGACGUGGCAAGUCAAACCCAACUCCACCGCGAGAGGAGCAAAAUAAACUACGGUUGGAAGCCCUCAAGGUGUGGGGACAGCAAGGGUACUUGUUUAGUGCAGCUGAAAGGAAAGUUUCGAACGGUAUGGACUGAAGAUACUAUGGUGGGGCAGUAUUAG